AUGGCUGUUGAGAUGGAGCAACGACCGCUCAGGGUUACCAUUAUUGGAGCUGGGAUUGCUGGGUUGACUGCAGCGCUCGCUUUGAGGAAGCAGGGGCAUGAAGUUACAGUGCUCGAGAGAUCACGAUUUGCAGUCGAGACUGGUGCUGCCAUGCACAUGGCACCGAAUGCCACAGCGCUUCUGGAAUGGAUGGACGUUCGUCCCAGCGAAGUUGGCGGAACACUGCUGAAACAAAUGCGUCGAUUCGAUUCAAGCGGUAAUUUACUUCACACAAAAGAGUUCGGCCCCGAAGACAGGAGCCACUGGCAAACUGUGAGUUGUGUUCUAAGAGUACAACCUCAAGAUACUGACGCCAGAAGGNAAUGGUAUCUUGUGCACCGCGUUGAUCUUCACAAUAAGCUCAAGGCCGAAGCCACAUCGCCAUCAAGGGCUGGUGUUCCUGUUCAACUUCAUCUGGCCUGCAAAGUCACGGACAUUGAUCUUUUCGGUGCCAGUGUAACCCUCGAAGAUGGUCGGAUCUUCAAUGGUGAUCUACUUCUUGGAGCAGAUGGUCUUCACUCUUUUACGCGAAAGAAGAUUGUUGGUGAGAUCCAACCAUACGCUGUUGGCAAGUCUUGCAUGCGCUGGCUGGUGUCAAAGGAGACACUACUGGACGAUCCCAGAACCGACCGCGUAUCUAUCGAGACACCAGGAGCUUUUGUCGAGUGGUCGGCUCCUGAUCGUCGAUUGGUAGCAUACCCUUGCGGAGACGACAAGAUUAUGAACAUGUGUGCUUUUGCUCCAUCAUCAGAAUUCCAAGAUCCCGAAAACAUCAGUGUGGAUGACCUCAUGCUUCGCGCAUUCAAAAACUUCUGCCCCGCGGUCCAGGCAGCCAUGGAGAACUCUGGAGAUAGUCUCAAGAUCUGGGACAUGUACGACAUGAAGACUCUACCCAAAUGGUGCGAAGGUUUUUCUGCCAUCAUUGGCGAUGCUGCUCAUCCUUUCCAACCUUACAUGGGACAGGGUGGUGCCAUGGCUAUCGAGGAUGCAGUUUCGGUCGCUGUUCUUCUCCCACUAGGGACUUCCAAGCAACAGAUUCCUGAACGUUUGCGACUGUACGAGAAGUGUCGCAAGGAGCGAAACGAAACUGUCUUGAUGUACACUCGGAUGAAUGGCAGAGACGAAGGAGAUGACUCUGUAAAGAGGAUGACUGCUAAGGAUUUGGUGGACUGUAUGACCUUAUGUGUGAUGCACAACGAGCGAAACUCGUCGAUGGAAGCUUUGUCCAAAGCUAUCGCAGUAUGA